UACUUCCCACCCAAACCACAGCACAAAACAACACUUGUUAUUAUCUCUUUCCCUCUCUCAGACUUCCACUCUAUAACUUUUAUCACUUUUUUGCACCUUUCUCAUCUAAUGGCAAUUCCAGUGAUUGAUUUUUCAAAGCUGAAUGGAGAAGAAAGAGCCAAAACUAUGGCUCAGAUUGCUAAUGGCUGUGAAGAGUGGGGAUUUUUUCAGUUGAUCAACCAUGGCAUUCCAGAGGAACUCCUUGAGAGGGUGAAGAAGGUUGCCUCUGAGUUUUAUAAGCUGGAAAGAGAGGAGAAUUUCAAGAAGUCGACAUCUGUGAAGCUACUGAGUGAUUUAGCUGAAAAGAAGGACAGUGAAAAGCAGGAGUAUGUGGAUUGGGAGGACGUUAUCACUCUCCUUGAUGAUAACGAGUGGCCAGAAAAAACACCAGGCUUCAGGGAAACCAUGGCGGAAUAUCGGUGUGAGUUGAAGAAAUUGGCGGAGAGGGUGAUGGAGGUGAUGGAUGAGAAUCUGGAGUUACCCAAAGGAUACAUCAAGAAGGCACUGAAUGGUGGAGAUGGAGAGGGUGCAUUCUUUGGCACCAAGGUGAGCCACUACCCUCCAUGUCCCCAUCCAGAGCUUGUGAAAGGUCUGCGAGCUCACACUGAUGCAGGAGGUGUCAUCCUUCUCUUCCAAGAUGACAAGGUUGGUGGCCUUCAGAUGCUCAAAGAUGGGCAAUGGAUUGAUGUGCAACCUCUGCCAAACGCCAUUGUGAUCAACACCGGUGAUCAGAUUGAGGUCCUGAGCAAUGGAAGAUACAAGAGUUGUUGGCACAGGGUUCUGGCCACUCCAGAUGGGAACAGAAGAUCAAUUGCCUCCUUCUAUAACCCAUCAUUCAAGGCCACCAUAUAUCCUGCACCCCAACUCGUGGAAAAACAAGACCAACAAGUGGAUGACACUUAUCCUAAGUUUGUUUUUGGUGAUUACAUGUCUGUCUAUGCUGAGCAGAAGUUCCUUCCGAAGGAACCAAGGUUCCGAGCUGUUAGGGCCAUGUGAAGAAACCACUUGCUUUCCGCAUAAAAAAUACCACUUUUUCCUUUUUUUUUCUAUAUUUUCUUUGUUUUCGGGUUUUUGAUACCAUAAGAUAUGCUUGAUAGUAGCAAAGAAUACCAUUUGGUUGUCAUUCUCUACACAAUCGAAAAUCACCAUGGGUAUUUAGUAUUGCCUUUUUCAGGAUUUUGUCUCCUCCUGAUGUCAUGGGGGAACUAGUGUGUAUCCAUCUGUGCUUGCAUGGUACAAUAGUUCUAUUAGAUGAAUUCUACUAUAAAGUUGUCCAUCAUAAAUUUCUCUU